AUGUGUGGCGUCAUUGUGGGCUAUCUAUUUGGUCUUGGGUAUCUCAAAUUCUUAGCACCACCAGAACGCAUACUGAGAUGGAUCGAAGGCUCCUCCCUCUCCAACAUACGUACGAGUCCUCGACUACUAAAAGUCCCGCCGUAUGUAUCCCUCCUGUGCUUCCUGGGAGGCAUAAUAUGGAUCCUUCUGUUGCCACUUGAUGAAUACUCUCGCCGAACGUAUAUAUCAGAAAACGCGCUCCUACCCGGGCAGGUACAUACCUAUUUUCACGGCACGGAACAGAAUAUCUUUCGAGCUUACAAGCAUGAAGUCGCAGACGUGCUGGAAGUGCAGGAACAUAUUCAACCGGAUGGCUCCAAGGCGUAUAUGCAGGCUACUCCUCAACACAGAAACAAGAAGAUAAGAGAAUUGUUCGCUAAUUCCGGCAUCAAAAGCGCUGUUCAACCAUUCAAAUACACGGUUGGAGGAGUAGAGUAUGAGGGUGAGAACGUUUACGGAAUUGUCCAUGCGCCGCGAGGCGAUGGUACCGAGUCAAUAGUGAUUGUGGCGCCUAUCAAGAACUUUGAGGGGCAGAUGAACACUAACGGAGUCACGUUGUUGCUUACGCUUGCUCGGUACUUCUCGAGAUGGUCGUUGUGGUCCAAAGAUAUCAUUUUGCUGGUCACCCCGAAUACCUCUACUGGCCCACAAGCGUGGAUUGACGCCUACCUCUCUCAACAUGAUCCUGAGACCAUAGGAUCACUUUCUCUAAAGUCUGGCGCUAUACAAGGUGUAAUCUGUAUAGACUAUCCCUUCCCUCAUCGUUUCCACGCGCUACAUAUCUCCUAUGAUGGGAUCAAUGGUCAACUCCCGAACCUCGACUUGAUCAAUACGGCCACCCAGAUCUCGAUGGGUCAAUUGGGCAUACCCACGCUUCUACAGUCACAGCAGCACUAUGCGAAGGCCGAACAUCAGCACCAUUACAAGAAUAGACUGAAGGUACUCGGACAUGGCAUGACGAAUCAGGCUAUUGGUCACUCCACUGGUGCACACUCGGUCUUUAUGCCUUAUCAUAUCGACGCUAUUACUUUGACCGCUGUUGGUGAGGGCUGGGAGGAUGAAAUGGCUUUCGGAAGAGUGAUCGAGUCCCUGACACGAAGUAUCAAUAACCUGCUUGAGAAGCUGCAUCAGAGUUUCUUCUUCUACCUCCUCUUGCAGAACAAUCGCUUCGUCAGUAUAGGGACUUACCUCCCUAGUGCGAUGGCUGUAGGCGCUGGCUUCAGUAUUAUGGCGAUAUACCUUUGGUUGAAGAGUGGCUACGAGCAGCGAGAAGAGGCUGAUGUGCCUGUUCGUGAAGCUACGGAACGUGAUGCUGCGACGGAAGAUAAGGUAGAGGCAGCUUUGGCAGACUCGAACCUCACCAAUGCACAACUUCUUGAGUCACCGUCAAAUGGCGGACAACGAUUGACCAAGAAAAAAGAGUGGAAGUCGAUUGAUCGGCCACUUGUGAUACCUUUGACACUCGUUGCUGGGCUCUACCUUACCUCUCUUGUGCCAGUGGCCCUUCUUGUGACUGCACCCCACAGCAAACUGCUAGCCAGAGCGGGAUCAUUGUCUACAGUCCUUCUUAUGAUACCCUUUGGACUGGCAUUUGCGCUAGGAGCUAAUAGGUCACUUAUGGACGGCUCGUUCUUCUCGAGCCCACAAUCAUCCGAAUCAGCAAAUGGUGCUCCUCGAAAAAAUACCCUAGUAUUCAGCGAUCUCAGUCCACCUUCCGAUCCCAAGAUACGCAUCUCGCAGUUCCAGGCAAUUGUCAAAAGUCUGUCACUACUUGUUUUAGGCCUUCAACUUACAGUUCUCGCAACCCUCAAUUUCAGCCUGAGCAUGUUCCUGGGUGUGCUAUGUACACCACUAGCUUUCGCAGGUUACUACAGGGACUCAAAGAUGCGAGCGAAUGCUAGUCUGAUAGCUAUCACGCUCUUCAAUCCUUUCGUUGCUGCAAAUGCCGCCACGAUGGCUGCCAAAUUAGCAGGAUAUUACAACGAUAACGUCGGGAUGAAAGAUGUGCUGCGACUGUGGUUACAGAAUGUGAGCUUUGGAUGGAACGUGUGGGGUUCUUGGGGUGUACUCGUAGGUGUGUUUUGUGUUUGGAUUCCUGCUUGGACAGUGGCUACAAUGGGUGCUGUAAGCAGUUUUGUGAUAGAUGAGGAUGGGCAACUCCCGAGAAAAAUAGAGAAGGUCAAGGAGAUCACAAAGGACAAUCUGACUGAUGUCAAGAAGGCUACUGUUAGGAGAAACAGUCCUGGUCCGGUCAGAAAACGGAAGGAUUGA